UCUGCAAUCCUGCUUAGUGACAACGCCUGUUUAACACAGCGCUAUGUAAAGAUGUCUUGACUUGACUGAACUUGUUCAGGAACAACCCAUCCAGAGAAAUAAGGAGUGUUUAAUGUGUGUAUAUAUAUAUGUAUAUAUAUAUAUCACCCUCUGCAUCACUGCUUCAUUUGUAGGUGUGAGGCUUGGCUUUCAGAUCCAGACAUGGCCAAUCAGAAGAAACUCUGUUGUUACUGCACCUUGAGUCUGUUGCUGUUUGUUUUACUUAUUAUAAUCAUCAGUAUUACUGUAAACCAUUCAAACAGAGCUGUUGUCAGUCCAUAUAGAGCUGUGGUUGCUGCUGAUUCCAGACUGUGCUCAGAGGUCGGACGAGACAUCCUAAAGGAAGGCGGCUCGGCAGCAGAUGCUGCAAUAGCUGCCCUGUUAUGUACCUCAGUCGUAAACCCACAGAGCACGGGCAUCGGAGGAGGAUCUGUUUUCACUAUAAUGUCAAAAAACGGUACAGUGAAAAUCAUCAACUCCAGAGAGACGGUUCCAAAGACUUUCAGACCAAACCUUUCAUCAGAUUGUACAUGCAGUCAAACAGGAGGUAUUAAUUGGAUGGGUGUUCCCGGUGAGAUCCGUGGUUAUGAGCGUGUUCACAGGCUGUACGGUCGUCUGCCCUGGUCCCGUCUGUUCCAGCCCACCAUCCGCCUGGCCAGAGAGGGGGUCAAAAUGUCCGAAAUAGUUGCGCGUUAUCUAGAUAACAUCAAAAAUCGCGGUGCACGUCAGUUGUUCGAGGACGAACAGGGAAGGAUGCUGAAGGAAGGGGACACUAUGAAAUUUGAGAAACUUGCCGAUACCCUGGAGGAGAUAGCAGAGAAUGGACCAGAAGAAUUCUACACAGGAGAAAUAGCCAAAAAGCUCUUCUGUGAUAUGCAGCGAGCAGGUGGUAGUAUCACUCUGGAGGAUCUGAGAUCAGUUGAGGUGUCUGAGUUGGAACCCUGGAAAGUGUCUCUGGGCGAUUAUACCAUGUACUUCCCCCCUCCGCCUUCAGGGGCCUCAGUGGUCAGCUUCAUCCUCAAUGUUAUGGAAGGCUACAACCUAAAUCCAGCCUCUCUAGAAGGAAAAGAGCGUGUGCUGACCUACCAUCGCUACGUAGAGGCCUCUAAAUUUGCUAAUGCACAGAGGAAGUUAAUGAAAGACCCCAGAUUCAACAAUGUAACGAAGGCAUAUGCUAUAACUAGAAAGGAGUUUGCUGACCGCAUUAGGAAGAAGAUCACAGAUGACCAAACCCACGAUGCCCAGUACUACAGCGUCGCUCCUGAAGUGGACACACAGGGCACCUCUCAUGUGUCUGUGCUGGACGAGGAUGGCAUGGCUGUGUCCGUCACCAGCUCCAUCAACUACUUGUUUGGCUGUGCAGAGUUUUCGCCCCAGACAGGCGUCAUCCUGAACAAUCAACUUGCAGAUUUUUGUGACAGAACCAACCAGACUCACACUGGUGAACGUCCUCCCUCCUCCAUGGCUCCAAUGAUCCUUCGCUCCACAAAGACAGACGAAAUUAUAGUUAUCGGAGCGUCAGGGGGCACCAUGAUCACCACCGGGGUGACCAUGGCUCUCAUGAACUACCUGUGGUUUGGAAAGAGUCUGAACGACUCCAUCGCUGAAGCUGUUGUGUUCGUGGACGGCAGUAAUGCGCUCAAGUUCGAGCCCAAGUUUGACAAGGAAGUCAAAGAGGCGCUUAAAAAGCUUAAAAACACAGUUAAGUACACCAAGCGCUUCUAUAAUGUGGUCAACGCUAUAUCAAAGCAUAACGGCACCAUCUACGCUUAUUCAGAUGCUCGGAAGCUGGGCGUGGCUGCUGGCUACUGAUCCAUUCCUUCUUUCCAAGUACAAGUGCUCUAACUUUGGCAUUUUUUUUUUGUUGAAGUAAAUCAUGUGUUUUGAACAAUAAAGUUUUGGGGAAAAUAAUUCUUUUCUUUCAAUUCUGACCAAAAAAGCACAAGUAAAAGCUGUGUGUAUAAACUCUUAUUUGUGUUUGUGAGACUGGACACUUUCCACAGACUCAGAGCUUCAAGUGAAUUUCCCAAAUAUUGCUAUUAUAUCUGAAAUCAGAAGUUCUUUGCUAUGUAAUGAUUUUGUGUGAUACUGUAUACCAGCAAUGAACACUUGGGUCACAUGACUUGGUCUCCCAGGGGUGGCACCACACUUCGAAAAGUGGUUUAACAUUGUUUAAAAAAAAAGUGGCUGAGUGAUGAAAUGCAAUUAGACCAAUGACUAAAAUUGCAUUUCAUGUCUUGCUAAUGACUGUCUUUAUAAACCUACUGAGAGGUGGGUAGUAAAUAAUUACAUUACUAAAAUAUUGAUGGAUUUACUCUCCUGAGUAUUCUUUUAGUACUUAGUACUUUAUUUUUGUAGUAUUUUUGAGUACCUUAACUUCUGAUAAAGUACAGUAUAUUAGUGAGUUACGGAAUCUUUUUACUCAGUUACAUUUUAGCCAUUCACAUUUAGAUUUUAAUAUGUGUUUAAUGUCACUUUGUUUCGAUAUUUGUAGUGAUAUUUCUACUGCUUUGUGAUUGGUUACAUCUCUGACUUUGUAUUUUAGACCAAAAGAAUCCAAAAAAAAGAAGAACAGAGUCACACAGUCUCCAGUUCCUGUGCUGAUAAAUGCUGGAUGUAGUAGAGGUUCCACUGCAGGACAGAGUACUGAAGUAGAUUUUCAACCUGCUACGUUUGUAUUUCCACUCACUGGUUUGGGGAAGGUUCUUUACUUGUGUAAAUAUUUUAUGCAAGUAUCAAAACUUUUAUUUGAGUAUCGAUUUAGGCUGCUCUACCUUCCUCUUAACCUAAUCAUGAACAGUGUCAGUGUUAGUUUUGAUGCUGCUUCAGUAGCUGCAGCCUCACAUAGCAGGAUUUGUUAGUGAACAUCUCUGAAGAACAUCAGGCUGUUUUAAUGCCCAGUUCAUUUUCUAAAGUCCGACCCACAGUUUGUUUUUUUGUGAUAAUGUAUCUCUUUCCUUUGAGUCAGAUGGUGGACUUGUAACCAACCAAAGGGGAGGAAAAAAAGAAUAUUGUUAUAGCAGGUUUAAUUUUUAUACAAAUAUUUUUUCUUUUUUUUGUUUAGGCUAAGCUGCUAGCUAAAAUGUGCCUAUUUUUAAAAAAGUUACAUGUUAUAUGGGUAAUGCACGGUUUUAUUUGUGAGCUUAUGGGUGUUUCUUGGUUAUCACUCUUGCGUUUAUUUGGGCAAUGUGUAUUUUUUGGAGAAACUUGAAAAGAAAUUGAAAAAAAAAAUGUGAGAAUGUACAUUCAAAGUUUACUGUUUUGCACACUGCUUGAUGUAGUUUUAAGCCAAUGAAAGUUAAGUGACAUCUGUAUUGCAAGCUUUAUUGUAAUAAUGAGUUUUGUGAGAUGAUUGGUCAUGUAAAGGAGUCCAGUUGAAAUGUGUACCAGACUUGCAGGGCACAGCAACACUUGUUGUGAACGUAGCAUCGUGGCUGCUGGAGUUGCUUUGUUUGAGCUCCAAAAUGCUUAAUUUCACUCCUUCAGACUCUUUUACACUUCAACUCUGUGAUGGGUGGAGGUUUUACAGGACUGCUCUUCUGUGCUCAUGAUGCUGGCUGCUUGCUGAUGGCAGACGGCUGGACUGGUGAGGAUUUCGUGUUCAGAAGGUUCCAAGAGGGGAUGCCAUUUUUUGACACUAUUCAGGACUGGAUACAGAACUAAAAGAAAAGCACCACUGGGCUACACAUACAUGUUAAACACUGAGUAAUAACCAGAUUAGCUUUAUAGUGAACAUUCAGUCUUUUAAUUUACUGUUGAAUUAUCUUGUUCAAUGAAUGUAAACUCACUGAUGCAUUUUGCAACAUUUUAAUAAAAAAAAGAAAAAGUAACUUA